GACGUCUGAAGCAUUGUCGCCAGUUACAUACUGUCGCUUAGGAGCUACGGACUAUCCAAUUGAACGAAGAUAAUGAGAGUGGCGUAUCGUAUUUCUGGUUGACUCAUACGUCGUGGUUGAACGAAAUAUCAGUCCCAAGGAACAAGGAUAUAUAUUGAAGCGUACACCUUGAGCCUACCAUCGUUCAGAUUUACAGCAUCCAAUAUAAACUAUCGGCGAGUCUUGGAGUGUUAUUAUAGCCUCCUAUUGUCUCCAUCACAUCACCAUCAAUGGCAUCAACCGCAACCGAUGGCCCUGGGGCCGGGGGCUUCAUGCAGCCAUCUAUUCCAUCACCUGCACCGUCAUCUAUGUCAAGCUCAACAGCAACUCCGGUGCUCCCAAAGCCAAGGUCACAUCCACUCAAGGCAGGGUCGAUGAAAGAGACGACCGUCAUCAAUCAUAUUGACACACAACUCUUGAAAAUCAGUCGGCGGCACGCCAAGAAGUUCAGCAGCACAUACGACGACCAGUCACAGCAGGACCCGGAAAGAGGCUACGAGAGCUUCCAGGAAGUAGCGAAGGAUAUCGAAGGGCUCAUUGAUGUUCUCUGGGUUAGCGGAACACCAUCGCUGCAAAUACCGUACAUGAUAUCUCUGGCGGUGUUGGUCAACUCGUAUCUCCCGGACUUUCCGUUCAUGCCCAAGCCGACUUUCCGCCUGUUGAGGAAGUUGGACUCGGUCUUUGCUUCUCUGCUGCUUGGGGAAGAUGUUGAGUCCGGGGCUCCGCUGUCUGGGUUUGAGAAUAACCCGAACCUCAUCUCUAUGACGGAGAAGGUGCGGAUUAAGAGUAUUGCAGAGACAUGUCGGGUUGCUGUUGUGGAAGCCAAGGAGAAUGACAAGUCCAAAGCAGGGGGGGAGGACGACGACGAGAACUCGAGUGAUGAUGAAGAUGAGGAUGAGGAUGGCGUUUAUGGUACGGAAGAAUACGAAAGCAUUGGGAGAUGGGAGAUGGAAACUGCCAAGGUCUACGAGAGGACGAUUGAUCUGCUCGGGGAUGAAUUGGGGAAAGCGGGCGAGUUCUGCGACAGUAAUUUUGCAGCUGGUGAGUCGAAAGAACCGUAGGUGAAUUGCACUCUCUUUUCUACACAGAAUUCAAAUUUAGUAGACUCUGUCUGGGGUCUUCUGGCGCUGUGAGCUCUUGGUUGGAUAGUAUACAGUUCGUUUUUGGCAAUGGUCUCAGUUUGAAUCUGAUAAGCUACGCUAAACAACGCUCGCAAUCGACUCUAGCCGGCGCGGUCCUCUUUCUUCCGUGUCUUAGCUCCGUCGCUACCGCUGUUCUCCCAUGAUUCGAGGAAAACACGUACCAAACACUUGAUUGAGCCAGCCGUGUCAGCAACGAAAAGACUCUUCUAGGAGAGUGGACAAGACAAUCCCCACUUUGUGAACACAGCGAGAUUUGAGCGUUUCAGUAUGGUUGGUUGAGAAAGAGCACAACGCACUUCUAUAAACCGUCUCGAAGCAUUCUAAAUGUUAUGAGAGUAUAUCUACUGUCCCUCAGG